AGUUGACCCGACACUCACGCAUUCCAACAAACGAAAAGCAGUCGCUGUUUGUUUUGGACAGCACGGCGAAUAGUAGUCUCCGUUGUGUUUGGUUGAUAGGCCGUUUCGUACUUUCGGAGUAUAUAUAAGUUCUCCCUCAUUGUGCAUAGUUCCCCGUUCUGGUCACCCGAAACACACACACUCUCUCCCCCCACACACCCACACACCCACAAGCACACCACCACCGCCAGAUCUUAUUUUUGAUCUCUUUUUUAUUUUUUUCUUUGUUGUUGUACGACGCGCAGCGGAGCGAAUACACCGCCGCUUUUGUUCUAUUCCUUUUCCCACUUCUCCGUUCCACUGUACGCGUGCACACAAACACCAACCUACAUCGUUCUCUUUCCCUCCUUUCCUUUUUUCAGUGUCAUUUAUUUUCUUUCCUUUUCUGCUUGUUCUCGUGAGCUGUAUCGCCCCCCUCCCCCCCCGUGCACGUCGAACAGCACGCGACGGCUCAGCAACAGUCGCGGAAAACAACCAAGCAACGAAGAAAACAAAAGCGAAGAGCAGAUGCCGCCGGUACCCGCAACGAAGGCGGCUACGCCGCAGCCCGCCUCUUCCACCCAAUCGCCCGCGAUGAAGGCCGCGGCGCACAGCGCAACCACCCCCUCCACUCGUCCCACGCCGCAGACCAAUGGCAGGUUCGCCACGUCGCCGGCCUCGCAGCACGCGGGUGGCGGCGGUGUUGGUGGUGUACCGCCCGCUGGGUCAGCGGGACGGGUCCCGCCGGUGGGGGCGGCCAAAAAAGGCUUUGCUCCUGCGCCUGCCCCGUAUGCGGCGACGGGCGCCAUGAAGAAUAUCUCGACGCCGUCGACAGCGCCGGCGGGGGUGAGCCCCGGCAGCCGUGGCGUGGGCUCCACCAACGCGGCAAUGCCCAACUCUUCCUACGGGACCGGCAUGCCCCCCUCUGCGUACGGCGGCUCCUUCAUGCCCCAAUCCGGCGCUGCUGGGCCAAACAUGGGUGCCGGAGACGCGUUGACGCCCGGUGGUGCCUACGGCAACAGCAUGUUCGGCAUGCAGAGCAACGGCCAGAUGUACCCAGGCAUCGGCAUGAACAGCAUGUACGGUAUGCAGCAGAACGGCGGGAAUGGGAUGUACAAUUCCGGCUACGGCACCUCCAUGAUGGGGCCGCUGAGUGGUGGCGGCGGCGGCAGCAUGUACGGCAUGGGCUCUAUGGGUGGUGGAGGGGGCAGCAUGUAUGGCAUGGGUGGCCCAAUGGGUUCGAUGGGCGGCGGCUACGGCUUCGGCAGCUCCUUUGGCGGCUCCCUCUACGGUGGCUCGAUGUACGGCGCGACAGGCUCUCUCUACGGCACGGGCGGAAGCCUGUACGGUAGCAACGAUGCGCGGGCGAUCAUGGGCAGCAUGUACGGCAGCCGCAACGGCUCCAUCUACGGCGGUUUCGGCUCCUUUUACGACGUUGGUGGGCCGCACACGAGGCUCGGCGUCGUGCGCAAGUACUCCAUGCCCGGCUUCUCCUACUCCUUCGGCUCGAACCUGGGCACUGCGGCCUACCACCGCAACUCCUUCUCCGGUGGCUCGGCCUACUCCGGCAAGCGCGCUAACAGCUUCCGCGGAACCAGCAAGAUCCUGCAGGCGGACGAGCAGGACACGUCGACGGAGCCGAGCGAGACGCGUGGGAUUCGCAUGACGGAGCGGGCGAAGGCGAUGGAGGAGGGCACGGCGGGCCCGCGUCGCGGGACGACCGGCGUCGACAAGGAUGGCAACACCACCAGCAACGACAAGACCGCGACGACGACGACGACGACUGACCGCGAGGGUAGAACGCCGGGGUCGAUUGUGAGGAAGCGCGCCGCCGUGGAGGCACCGAAGUCACCGCCGAGCACGCGCGCUGUGAAGGCUGGUGUGACGCAGGCCCCGGCGCUGUCCACCGACUUCCGCAUUCACAAUGUCGCCGUACUCCAGCAAGAUGGAGGCAGUAACAGGGCGAGGGUGACCAAAAAAGGCGACACCUGCGUGCUGGAUGGCACCUCGUACCCGAUGGACGAGGUGCUAGAGUACACGCCGACCGACGGCGGCACGCCCGACAUCAAGUCCCGCUGCAUUCGCGACAUGAUCGAGCACGUAAUGGCGGGGCACAACACCGCGGUGCUCGUCUCGGACGACGGCAAGGCCACGGCAGCUGCGACGGCGACGGUGGAGUCGACCGUGGCGCAGUUAAUGGCGGAGCUGAACGAGACGUCGCGCAACACAUACGCUGAGGUGUCAGCCAGCAUGUACGGCCUGCACCCGAACUCCAUGAUGCGUGACCUCCUCGUCGAUGGCGCCCGUCUCAAGUCGAUGGAGGCGGGCAACUCGCCGCUCUUCGGCCCUGCUCUCAUGAAUGUCACGUCAGGGAAGAUCAGCUCCGGCGAGGAUUUCAAUAAGCUCUUUGAGGCCGCGCUGAAGCGGGGAGAGAAGGAGACGAUGAUGGUGUGCAUGCUGACGGUGAAGCAGGUGCGCGGGGGCGUCGCGGACGACAAGGAGGACGUCUUCGUGUCAUCCGUCUUCAUCGGAGUCAGUCGUCGGGGCCCGAAGGGCUACCACGACGUCGUUGACAAGGUCUCCAGCUCCCCGCACGAGCUCUUCCGCUACGCCGUGGAGGGCCCGUCGGUGUGCGUGCACGUCAUCGCCGUCAGCCAAGGCCUCCGCGACGGCCAGGUGCUGUCAGACUGUGCGAAGAUCGGCGAGGUGCAGAACACCACCCCGCGCAGCGGCAACGUUCGCCGCUUCGUCGACUUCACACAGGAGCAGCUGAAGCGCAUGCGUCAGCGUAGCGACACCGCCACCGGCGCCGACAAGCGCGAGCUCGAAGGCCACGUCCAGCGCCUGAGCCAAAUUCUUGAGGACGCGCAGAAGAUGCUUGCGGAUCCGAAGAACACGGAGCCAAAGCUGUACCGGCUGCAGAACGAGCCGCUUAGCGUGCAGGAGGAGUCGCCGAGAGAGGUCGGCAACGCUGCCUCGCCUACCUCUGCGGCAGCGACGAAGCAAGAUGCCAGCAAGGCGGAGGAGCCGGCCAAGUCCCGCGCUGUGCCAAUCGACGCAUCGGAGAAGGCAGCGCUGUCUUCGCCGCAAGCGGACCGGCCAAGCAGCACGAACGUGACGACGGUGGCCAUCGUCUACAACCAAAGCGCCCGCGCCUACUCGGUACAGGACCGCACCAUCACCGCCGGCGGCCUCCCUUUCGCUGUGGAGGAGGUGAUUCGGCGUAAGGACGUGACGGCGCGCAAGAUGGAAUGCAAGGCGACGGACAAGGUGCUCGCCGCCUUUCUGAAGGGCUACAACGGCGCCGUCGUCGCAUCCGACAGCACGGCAGUGGCAGCCAACGGGAUGGCCUCGCCGACGAUGGCGGUCGUCUUCGCCGCCGUCAGCGGGGCCCUCGCGAAGGAGGGCAGCAAGGGCGUGCGGGUCGCCGUCGCGUUGGUACGCGACACAGGCGACGCUGUCGAUCUCACAAGCACUAACUACGGUGCCGCCGCCGCUGCUGCCGGUGCAGCCAGCGAGGUCGAGGUGUGGUCCUCUCCGCUCUUUGGCCCGGUGGCGCACAAGGCCGCCUUCCACCCAGUGCGCAGCACAGAAGAGCUGCAGCGACUGGUGGACACGGCCCGUGAGAACGCCGCCACUUCGUCGUGGGAUGAGCACUGCGUGGUGCACGUCACUGUUGUGCACUGCUUUGCAGAGAAGGACGACAUCCUCGUCUCUUCGUUGCUGGCGACCUUUGCGUCGAACAACUCGAAAGCCUACAACGAGGUCCUGCAACACCGCAACGGCAGCAGCAGCAGCAGCAACCGCGGCUUCAGUGACCUUUACCGUUACGCCUUUGGCGGUGUGGCGACCACCGCCUUUGUGGUGUCGGUCGCCGAGGAGGACGAGGUGGGCGACGUGGUCAAUGCCCUCACCACACAGCACACUGCCGGCGCCGUGCGCAACCGCGCGCCACGGCAGGGCAGCAUCAGCAACUUUAUCUCCUUCACCACCGCCUCGCUGCAGAAGCGCCGCGACUACCUCGCUACGCUGGGCACCGACUCUGCGGAGCGGCCGGCGGCGCAAAAGGUUGUCACCUCGAUGGAACGCAUGCUGGACGACCACAAGCAGGUGAUGGCGGACCCGGAUCGCAACUUUCCCCACACCUACGCGGCGGAGAGCGGGGCGUCGAAGGACAGCGCCGCCUCGCCGCCGUCGCUGGUUGAAAAGGCAACAACGACUUCUCCUUCGGCGGCGCGCAGCGGUGCACGCAGCCGCGCCGUGCCCGUGGCGGAGGCAGCGACGGCGACAGCAUCAACGCCGUCGACCAGUACGGUUGACGCGGCACAGCAGGAGGACCCCGCAGCAUCCGGCUUCACGGAGCCGCGCGUCGUCGUCUUUGUCGGCCGCGACGUGGCCUCCGCGGAGAAGAAGAUCUCCCUGGGGGACAAAGACUACGCGGUGGACGAGGUGGUAACGCGUGCGCCGAACGGUGGCGACUCGACCGCUGUGGCGGAGAUCCAGACGCGGCUCUCCAGCGUGCACAACUGCGCGCUCGUCUCCGCCUCGUCGGUCACGGCUGCAACGACCAAGGAAGAGCCGGUGUGGCCGAUCUUCGAGCAAUGCCUGCGCAGCGCCAUGGCGGCCGGCAAGCCCGGCGAGGACGUCCGCGCAGACCUCACCUUCGCCGUCGUGUCGGCCGACGAGGUGGUGGCCGACCUGCUCGCCGAGGACCCUCCGGCCGCGUCGCGUCCGCUGGAGGUGGCCUCCUCGCCCAUCUACGGCCCCCGCGUCACCGGGACGACCACGGCGACCGUGCAGAGCGCUGAUGAGUUGAUGCACCUGAUGGCGAAGGUGCACGAGCGGGCGGCGGCCCAGCUCCCGGCAAUACACCACCACGGUGCGAUGAUGAUCGGUACGGCCGUCAUGCGUCGUCGGAUGAAGGACGGUGAUGUGGCGGUGGCGUCGCUGACCGGUAUACUGACCGGGGCCUCGGUGAAGGCCUUCCACGAGGUCCUGGAGAAGGAGCAGGUGACCCGGCGCAUGUUGCUGAAUUGCGCCUACGGGGGCCCGAGCGCCACGGUGACCAUCUUGAACCUCCGCGACGAGGAUGCGUCGGCGCAGGACAUGGUGUCCACAGCGGUCGCGCUCAGCAAGAAGCAGCGCAACCUCGUCAGUCGCUCCGGCAGCGUGCUCGCCUUCAUCACCUACACGGAGGGCACGAUGCAGCGCGAGCUCGUCCGGGCAGACGCGGCGACCGGCGAGGCGAAGGAGCGCCACCUGCAGAAGGCGGAGCGUCUGCGCCCCGUCGUGGCGGACCACCGGCGGCUGCUGGAGGACUUCAACGCACCGGUGCCCGCCUACCUGGGUUCUCGCAGCACCAAAGGGGAGCGCGACCAGACCCCGACCGCGGCGAAUACGCCCUCUACCGGCGUGCGGCGCAGCUCCGGCGGGGCCCCGAACACGCCGGGGGCCGAUCGGUCACCGCAGCAGCGUCUGUCGGCGACGCCCGCUAGCAAGCGGGACGGUGCCGCCGGUCCCAACCGCAUUCGCUCCAUUGUGGUCAUCACCGCCAUCCGCAACGCGCCCGACGCCUCCGGUCCCGUUGCCAGGGUGGAGCGGGUUGACGGGACUCACGUGAAGACGACCGUCGCUGGCGCCGCGCGCGAGCGCGAGUGCGACGAGGUGGUGUCCCGCGUGGACGCGUCGUCGCCCGUGCGGGCCGACCUGCUCCUUUCGGCGGCCGAGCAGUUCGUUAGCGGGUUUAACACUGCCGUGCUGUGCUGCGACCUCGGUGGCUCGAAUGCCGGCCCGACUGCGUGUGGUCGCCUCGUCCACAACAUCGUGGACACGAAGCCCGCCCACUCCGAACUGUACUACGCCGUGAGCGGCAUCCGUGGCAGAGAGGCGCGGGAUCUACUGCAGGCCGACAGCGCGUACGCGACGAUGAAGGUGGCGAACUCGCCCAUCUUCGGCCCCACGGUGUACGGCGCAACGAUGCCGCAGGUGACGGAGGUGGGUGCGUUUGACAGCGCCCUUAGCGCUGCCGUCGUGGCGGCCGCGAGCGACAACGCGAUGGUCGUCGUGAACGUCGUGCUCAAAGCGAUCCAAGAAGGCAGUGGGCGGGGGGAUGUGGUGGUGAACAGCAUGUUGGUGACGCUGGCCACGGACCCGCAGGCGUACACGAGUGUCGUGAGCGCCCCGCUCAAGUCGGACCGCAAGCUCUUCCAGUACGCCGUGCAUGGCAGCUGUUACACGGUCGGCGUGCUGGGUCUGCCGGAUCGGGUUGCAGAGGAGGGCCUCGCGGAGUGCCUGGACACCUACGACAAGCUUCGCACGACGGAAAACCGACCCAUGCGUAACGGCAGCGUGCGUCGCUUCCUCGCCUAUUCGAUGAACGCCAUGGGCGAUGUGAAGCAGAAGUUGUCGGACGCGACAGACGAGGGGCAGCGCGCGACGUACGCGCAGCGGUUAGCCCAGCUGGAGCUGAUGGUGGCAGACUCGCGCGCCUUGUUGGAGUCGCCGCAGGGCCGUCCGCUGAAGGUGUACCAGUAA